GCGGCUGACGCGCGGUGCCGGCCGGCAGCAGCGCCGCCAUGCCCGGGGACCACCGCCGCAUCCGCGGGCCCGAGGAGUCGCAGCCGCCGCAGCUGUACGCGACCGGCGAGGGCGAGGCGCCGGCCCCUCGCGACCCGGCGCGCCUGCGGCCUGUGUACGCGCGCGCCGGGCUGCUGAGCCAGGCCAAGGGUUCGGCCUACUUGGAGGCGGGCGGCACCAAGGUGCUGUGCGCCGUGUCGGGCCCGCGCCCCGCCGAGGGCGGCGAGCGCGGCGGCGGCCCGGCCGGGGCGGGCGGCGAGGCCCCCGCGGCGCUGCGCGGCCGCCUGCUCUGCGACUUCCGCCGCGCGCCCUUCUCGGGCCGCCGGCGCCGCGCCCCGCCUGGCGGCGGCGAGGAACGCGAGCUGGCGCUGGCGCUGCAGGAGGCGCUCGAGCCGGCCGUGCGCCUGGGCCGCUACCCGCGCGCGCAGCUCGAGGUGUCGGCGCUGCUGCUGGAGGACGGCGGCUCGGCGCUGGCCGCCGCGCUCACGGCCGCCGCUCUCGCCCUGGCCGACGCGGGCGUCGAGAUGUACGACCUGGUGGUGGGCUGCGGCCUGAGCCGCGCGCCGGCGCCCGCGCCCGCCUGGCUGCUGGACCCCACGCUGCUGGAGGAGGAGCGCGCCGCCGCCGGCCUCACCGUGGCGCUCAUGCCGGUGCUCAACCAGGUGGCCGGGCUGCUGGGCAGCGGGGAGGGCGGCCCGACCGAGAGCUGGGCGGAGGCCGUGCGCCUGGGGCUCGAGGGCUGCCAGCGCCUCUACCCCGUUCUCCAGCAGUGCUUGGUGCGGGCCGCCCGCCGGAGGGGUGCAGCCGCGCCCCUCUGAGCCAGAGACCCGAGCAACGAUGGACGCCGAGGACCGAGCCACCGCUGCCGCCACAAGGACCUGCGCCGUCGGCCUGCAGACGGCGUGCGCCAAGCUGAGAACUGAGAGCACCAGAGAGGAUCUGCCGAGGCGUGCUCAGAAUAGCCAUGUUGGAGCGAUUCUUUCCAGACUGCUUCGUUAAAGAAACUUUUCAAAUUGUUUUGACUCCCAGCCACGACCCAGUUGAAGAAACCUGCCAGUGCAUCUUGACUCCUAAGUUGGGAAGGACUUACGCUGGACUCGUCGGGAAACCUGGAGCUGUUGUCCUGCAAGGGAUGGGCCCUAUGCAGGCCAGCCGGGGACUCUCUCCUGAAUAACUGGGCUGCUUUUGAGAGCGGGGACAAGGGGGCUGUGCCUUCCACCUACAUCUGAACCCAAACAAAAACUCUUAUAAUCUGAAA